AUGUAUCUUACGUUCGUACGCAUUUUUCUUUUCCCAAUGUCUGUCUAUCCAACUAUCGUUCGUACGCUAACCUCUGAAAACAUUUUACGUUUCCCAAUAUCUAUCUAUUUACCUAUCUAUCUAUUUAUGUAUCUAUCUAUCUGCAUUUAUCUAAGCCUGUCGAAUCUCUCUCAUUUUGCGUACAUCUAUCUAUCUAUCUAUCUAUCUAUCUAUCUAUCUAUCUAUCUAUCUAAGGUACGCUACUCUAUAAAAAGCUUUUCGUUGCACCUCAGAAUAUUUAUUUAUAAACUACCAAAAUCUUUUUCCACUUUUCAUACAUUUUCCAAAAAUAUCUAUAUAUGUAUCUCUUUUCUGUUUGAUUUUAUCCAAUUUCAUCAUUACAUUUUCAUAUCUGUCUAUUUGAUUCUAUUCAAUUCCAUAAUCACUUUUUCAUAUCUAUCUAUCUAUCUAUCUAUCUAUCUAUCUAUCUAUCUGAUUCUAUUCAAUUCCAUCAUCACUUUUCCUAUCUAUCUAUCUAUCUAUAUAUAUCUAUCUAUCUAUCUGAUUCUUUCUAAUUCCAUCAUUACUUUUCAUAUCUAUCUGAUUCUAUUAAAUUCCAUCAUUACUUUUUAUAUCUAUAUCUAUCUGAUUCUAUUCAAUUCCAUCAUUACUUUUCAUAUCUAUCUAUCUAUCUAUCUAUCUGAUUCUAUUAAAUUCCACAUUUGCAUUACUUUUCAUUCAUCUAUCUAUCUAUCUAUCUAUCUAUCUAUCUAUCUAUCUAUCUAUCUAUCUAUCUAUCUCAUUCUAUUCAUAUCUAUCUUCACAUUUGCAUAUCUAUCUAUCUAUCUAUCUAUCUAUCUAUCUAUCUAUCUAUCUAUCUAUCUAUCUAUCUCAUUCUAUUCAUUUCUAUCGUCACAUUUACAUAUCUAUCUAUCUCUCUAUCAAACUCUAAGCAAAUGUUCAGAACUUGCAAAAAUUAAAAAAAUAAAAUGUUUCCCCUCUUCUUACGAUAAACAUUGUGAGCAGUGA